CAAACUUACCCAGCCGCCGCCGCGGAAAAGACCCUCGCUGCCAAUGCGGAUUCUUUGAUGGGACGGCAAGCGCGGAGGGACAUACCAGGCCAAGAAGACAGGCGCAGGUUGAAAUGGCGGCCAAGCGGAUCACCCAGGAGACGUUUGACGAUGUUGUGCAGGAGAAUAUCAACGACCUCGACAUGGAUCCGGAAGAGGCCGUGAUCGAAGCCGUCCAGCAGUUUGAGUCCCAAGGUGUUGACUUAAGCAAUAUAGUGAAGACAGCCCCCAAUUCCGCCUCUGUGGAUGGGCAAGAGCCACAGCAUGCUGUUUUGCAGACGCUGGACUCCUUGCAGAAGGCAGUUGCUGAUGCCGACUCAGGCGCGGUGGAUGAGCUGCUGGUGAGCUUCGCGGAGCAGUGCAGGCAGGAGAUGGCCGUCCGCUACUUGGCGGGGCAGAAAGGCGCUUAUUCUGCCGUGUUGGCCGCCUGCCGCCUGGCUUCUGAGGAAGGCUGCUCCCUCCUCAAAGCCCUCCGUGCCCUCUCCACCCUACUGGAUGGCCAGCCCGACUUCCUCGACGCCCCCGGGAAGGAGCUGCUUCUGCGGGUCUUGCAGGAGCAGCAGGAUGAUGGUGACCUGACCCUGGCCACGAUCCGCUGCGUCCGGCAGGCGUCGCUCAAGCAUGAGCAGAACCGGCAGGACCUGGUGAAAGGCGGUGUCCUCUCCCUGCUGGUCGGGGCCAUUGUCCGCCAUGGGGACCGGGCCGAUGUAGUCCGGGAGGCCUGCGCGGGGCUGCGGUUCAUGACCUUCGAUGACGAUAUCCGGGUGCCCUUUGGCAAUGCCCACGAGCACGCCAAGAUGAUCGUGACGGAGCACGGCGGACUGAGGGUCCUCAUCGAAGCUGCCAAAGCCUUCCCCGAUGACUGCAGCGUCCUGAGGGAGAUCUGUGCGACUCUGGGGCGCCUCUCUGUCCGGAAUGAGUUCUGCCAGGAGAUUGUGGAUCUGGGCGGUUUAAACUUCAUGGUGGCGCUGCUGGCCGACUGCAUAGACCACCAGGACCUGGUGAAGCAGGUGAUGAGCGCCAUCCAAGCCAUCGCGGGCAACGACGAAGUGAAGGACGCCAUCGUCAAUGCCGGAGGGACAGACCUCAUUGUGCUGGCCAUGACUCGGCACCUCGGCAGCCCUUUGGUGUGUGAGCAGAGUUGCGCGGCCUUGUGCAUGCUGGCGCUGCGGAAGCCCGAGAACUGCCGGGUCAUCAUGGAAGGGGGCGGGGCAUUGGCAGCGCUGCAGGCCAUGAAGAUGCACCCCAAGGAAGCUGGUGUGCAGAAACAAGCCUGCAUGCUGAUCCGCAACCUCGUCUCCCACUCUCAGGAUUUCUCCCAGCUCAUUCUGGAAAUGGGUGCUGAGGACUUGAUUGUCGAGGCCCGGGCCGCCCACCUGACGUGCGAGGACGUGGCCAAGGCCGCCUUGAGGGACCUAGGCUGCCAGGUGGAGCUGAGGGAGCUCUGGACGGGCCAGAAGGGCAGCCUGGCACGUUGACACCCGUAGACGUCGAGAAACGGGGGGUUGCAAGUGGUGGGGAUGAGCAGAGAGAAAGAUGGACUUGCAGACGGGAAUAAACGCAGCCCAAGGGGUUGGAAGCGAGGGGAGAAGGAGGGUGUUGGCCUUGGGUGCCAUUAGCUGCACAGGCCCCGGAAAUUCACCGGUGCGCCGACAUUUACUUUCCUGCGGUUUUUCUUGUUAUUUUAAAUAUCUGCUGUUUCGAGAACUUGACU